UAAAAAAUUGCCAACAAAAAUGUGUGCUCAUUGACAAUGAGGUCAAAGGUCAAUGAUAACUGCUGGAAUUUAGUGUUGCUUAAGGACACGUUGGGAUUUCGGGGCACAUUAUGACAACACAGAAUCUAAUCAGGGUCUCCAGCAGCUAAAGAGUUUCCCAAACUAUUGGCACAUUUUAGUCUUAUCUAUCCUGUGAAUAUUAGUUUCAGUUAAUAGUGCUGAUUCAGUUAUUUAACUUAUUUUCUUAUGUAGCUUGGCGGUGCUUCUCUUACAAAACACUGUGUACCCAAUUGGUGAAUUGGCAGCCAGUCACAUGCUACAGUAUGUCAGUUAUGAAAGAGGGACUCCUAUGCUUCAUGUGAAACAGUGGGCCUCUUGUCUUUGCUCCUUGCAAACGUCUUGAUAAGCUCACGCUGAAUUACACUAAUCUUUAAAGAACGCUCACUGCCUGAAGUACCUCACGUUUGAAGGGAACACUUUGCAAAGUAGUUUUUGCCAGUGUUUCAUUUAUUUCUGCUGUUGGUCUGGGAUCAGUUUAAUCUCACAUUAGAAUGGCAUCAGUCCUGAGGAUAGUGUACCACAUCGCAGCAUUCAGCUGGUACGCUUUUGUUGUGAAGAGUCUCGCUGAUAAAGAUGGAGAGGAGCUACCAGCAGGAAUCUUUGUUUAUGGCGGACCUUGGAAAUACCUCACUUUUUUGAAUUUGUUAUUACAAAUGUUAUUCUUUGGACUGGCGGCACUUAAUGAUCUACAACCUGGGAAAAAGUCAGAGAGCACUCUGAACAGAUGUAAAGACCUUCUCUUCUGUGUCUUUGCCUUCCCCGUGGGCAUGUUUGUUGUUCUUCUUUUCUGGACGAUCUUUGCCUAUGACCGAGAAUUAGUCUACCCGGCAACUAUUGACACCUUCUUCCCCCCCUGGAUAAACCACGCUAUGCACUCAUUGGUUCUUCCUGUUUUACUUGGAGAGGUGCUGGUGCAGCCUCACAGCUACCCACAGACGAAACAUGCGCUGGCAGCAUUAGGAGGCGUGGGCUUGGCUUACUUAUUUUGGAUUAUAUGGGUGUACUUGUCGGUUGGGAUUUGGGUGUAUCCCCUUCUUGCGCACUUCAGCACUGCUGGUCUGAUGGGCUUCUUCUUUUUCAACAUGACGGUGGUGACAUCGCUGUACAUGCUGGGGGACAAGCUGAACAGCCACGUCUGGAGAAAGGACGUGAACAAAAUGACAGCAAAAGCGAAAUAAUUCAGCCUCUCUGCAACAUUAAAAUGGCCACA